CCCAUCUCAUCUCUUCAACCUGUACUCUAGUAUACUACGGUGUACACGACAGCCUCGAGGUGAAAGCAGGAGGCAACCUCGACAAUCAUGUCCAACACCACUCCCACCCGUCGUCGUUCCAGCGGUGCGGAACGACCUCAUCAGCUCGCUGGCCUUGGGAUCCGCAACUUUCCCUCGAUGGACGUUCGAGACGACCCAAGUUCGAUCCAGACGGCUGGGAAGAAUGAUAGUAACGGACAGGACCAAGAGGUCGUGAUGCCUACAGGGCUCGGGCACGAGCUUAGGUAUUCGGGCGAUACACCGUCACCAAAAACGAGGUACAGCCCUCGGAUGGGGUCAGGAUCAGGCAACUUCACAACGAUGCAGACGCCACCUUCACCAGGGAUGCUCUACCCUUUCGCUCAACACGGAUCGAGCUUGAGCAAGUUCAAAACUCAGUCUCAGGUCCCGUCCUCACCUCGCCUGCCGUAUGACCACGAGAACAACCAUCCUUCAACCCCGACACCUAGGUUCGGGGGGUCGUUCGGGAGCACACCGGGAGCGAGCUAUUCCCCCGAUUCUUCACCAGGACGACUCAGCCAGCCGCUGAGCCGCCGUCCGACGUUAUUGAGGACUCCACCUACGGAUCAUCCCACGGGCGAGGUCAGGCAUCUUACCGGGGACGAGGGAGACGAAGAAGAGGAAUAUGACGAACACAGCCGGGAAGAGGCCGAAGAGGGGGAUUCCAUCUUGCCAGACUUGCCCAUGUCACCGGCUAGGUUCGCCCUGAGCAGUCAGUUCCCGAAAUACGAUCCCGGUCACGGCUUCGAUCAGGGUUUGAGCAGCAACGUCUUCGGAGGAGACACCGUCGACCCGCUCUCACCUAGGUUCGGUUCGUAUGAUCCUCCUCUCACACCGAGGAAUUCUAUCCCAAGCAUCCAUUCACGUACCGGAUCGAUAGGCGGUGAACCUAGGAUUCACGCUAGGAAUUUGUCCUUGUUCUUCCCUCAACCUGGAGCCGAAAGGCCCGCGCCAGGUUCUCCUCGCUUAAAAGGUGGAGAGGAAGAGGCCCCGGUCACGGACAUCUCGGGGAGGACAAGGAGAAAGGUCGGUCUAGGCGGGGAUGGGUCGUUCAGUUUCGGAGGAGGAUCGAAGCCAGGCGAGAUGGGACCGCCUGGGAGCCCUAAUCCGAAAGUCGUCGGUAGGAGGGGGCAUCAUCACAAACACUCGCUGUCGCACAACUUUUUCUCGUUUCUCGAUCCCACGGUGACCAACCCCAACCUGGCCAACCUCGACGCUUCCUCGGGCGAGCCCGCUCUCAUCCCAACAUCAGCUACUAUGCCGACUUCCGCUUCAGCGGCUCCUCGACCGAUGGCAACGACGCAUAUCGGCGGGACUCGUUCCUCCCCCAAUCUCGCGGCACCGAUGACUGCCCCGCUCCUCCCCUCGCCCAUCAGUAAUCCCAAGGCGUCCAAAUCGUGGCUAGCCCAGAUCUUCGACAUGUCCCCGAGAGCACAAUUGACACUCGGGUUUGGAGUGUUCGAAUUCUUUCUCGGAGCUACGAUCUGGGUCGAAGGACAGGCAUUGGGGAGUGUUGGGUUGACGGGACUGGGAUAUUUGGUCGUCUUUGAUGCGCUGGGCGUUUGGGUCAAGCUGUGGGGAGAGGUCCUGAAGACGGGCGAGGGAUCGACCAGUACGGCGGAGAAGCCUUUCGGCUCGCACCGCAAAGAAGCGCUGCUAUACUUUGUCCAAUCGAUCUUUUUACUAUUCUCGGCCAUGUACAUCGCCAAGGAAGCGCUCGAGAUUGCGCUCAUGUCUGGAGCAGGUUCGGAAGGUGGACAUGGGCAUGGUCACGGACACGGACACAGUCAUGGUGCUGAAGAUGGCCACGAAACCGAGUUGCCUUCUUGGCUUCUCGUUUCAGCCGCGCUUGCGACUUUUCUGUCUGCGACCGUUCUUCACAACCACGCCAAGCUCGUCGAAGCUGUCGGACCCGCCAUCAUGCCCGUUGGACGCAAUGCCAACAAACCCGCACGGACGGGAGAAAUCGGUCGAUACUUUGACAUGGUCGACAUGUUUUUGGCCAAUCCGUUCUCUCUAGCCAUCGUUUCGUGUAUCUCGAUCUUUCUCUUUGGCAACUUCGGACUGGCUUCCCAUCAAAUGCCCAAGGUGGAGCGGAUCAUGGCUUUCGUCGAGGCUGGCGUCGCUUUCUGGCUCGCAUACCCCUCCAGCGUGGUCUUCGGUCAAGUGCUGCUUCAGACGGCACCACCAGAGGAGACCGUUCAGAUGCUGGCUUUCAGGAAGGCUAUCCGAGACAUCAAGGACCAUCCUUCCGUCUUACGAACUAAUGCGCCACACAUCUGGCAGCUUACCCCUCAUGACCCUCGAACACUCUCGACAGGCCGAACGCCUGGAUCGACACCAGCGCAAUCGCGGCGACCGUCAAUCGAUCGAUCAGCCUCAACCUUUUCGCCUUUUGGCAUGUCCCGGAUGUCGACCGGAGUCCAAACGCUAGCAUCUCUCACUACGCAACCAUGUGUGCUCGUUGCCGAACUUACCGUCUGGGUCCGCGACGACCUCGAGGACAAGGCGAUCCUGGACCUGACACGAUAUUGCUAUGAGCGCUGCUCUGAAGCUGUACGAGCGAAGCACGGAAGACGAGCGAACUUGAUGCACGGAGAUGCGAGUGGCGAGGUCACCAUCUCCGUCAAACGAGAAAAGGAGCUGUCAGAAGAGCUUGCAGCUGCGGAAAGCGCCAAACACGAUCACCACCACCACGAUCAUCAUCACCACCAUGAUCACCAUCACCACCACGGUGACCACGACAACACUCACGAGCAUCACCAUCACGAGCAUGACGAGAAGAAGGAUCACGACCACCACCAUCACGACAGUUGUAGUCAUCGUCAUUGA